CCUAUUUAUAUCAUUACCUGCGGGUCCCUCUUUAUUUCUCUCUCAAAAAUUCACCGUCAAUGUGUUUUUCUCUCUUUCUCUAUCUACAAUCCCAUCCCAUCUUCUUCUGUUCAAUCCUCUGGUCAAUGCAGGAUAUUCCUUACUGCAUGAGCUGCUAAGAGAACAUAUGGUUCAAGCGUUGACUUAUGGCGGUAGACAAAAGAUUUGAUUCUAGUGCAGCUAGUCCGGAGGAAUUGGCUUUCAAGGGAACUCUCUCAAAUGAGCAGAGGGGAAAUUCGAUAAAUGGCGAUUUGGACAGGUCUGCAAGUGUCCGUGGUGGUGAUGACGGUCAGAUGUUUGUUUCUGGUGCUAAUAUGUUGCAAGGAAGUUCUACAUCUUCAGGAGAUUCGAAUCCGUUAGCUCAGUCUUCAAUGUUGGAUCCAAUUACCGUUGGAGGUCAAAAGUAUACUAGGUCAACUGAGUUCAGACGGGUCCUAGGGAAAUCAUCUGGAAACACCCUCGAAGAUGGUGCUUUCCGAACUGCUAAUCUGAAGUCUCCCUUUCCAGCGGCUACGAAGGAAUUGAAACGAUUCAAAGCAUGUAUGCAAGAGGCCUGUGCCAAGGCUAGACAUGGAUCAAAAAGGUUGGAUGAAUCUAUACACAAGUUGAACAAGUGUUGGGAGGCUGUAAACGCAAAGAAACAGUUUCAGAACGAGUUGUUGCCAAAUGAAAUGAUGAGUGGGUCCCAUUUAUCAAAAUUGGGAAGUCAGACUCACCAGAGCCCCACAGAGCUUGCCAAUCAAAGGCUAGAGGACAGGCCUAAGAAUGUCAUUCUUAAUAAGCGCAUUCGUACCUCAGCCGCUGAGAUACAGGCGGAAGGGCAAAGUAAUAGCUUUGUGAGACAGCCUUCGGCAAUCGGAAAGAAUAAAGACAACAUCAGGGAUAGUGCCAAGGUUUGUGGUGCUGUAGACGAGAAGAUUCAAAGGUUACCUGCAAGUGGAGAAACUUGGGAUAGAAAAAUGCUAAGAAAACGUUCCAAGGGAAAUGUCUUUGAUGGAUCCAUCGACGAGGAAGGAGAUAUUAAAAGAGUUAUGCAUCUAAAGCAAGCUAACGUGUCUGGUAUGCAGUCUUGUGAUGCCAAAGGUUUGAGGUCUGAUGUACGUGACAAAAAUUACACUGGUGGCAAUUAUCCACUGACAAAAGGCAAAGCUUCAAGGGCGCCUCGAACUGGUAAUUUGAUUGCUGGAAACUCGUCUUCUGUAUCUCAUUCUUCUGAAACUCUUGAAGCCUCAGAACAGUUUUCAAAUGUGCACAAGUUCCAUUCAGAAAGUGGGACACUCUGUCGAAAGCGUACUUUGCCUGCAGGAUCGCCUAUAUCCCAUAUUGCCCAAUGGGUUGGACAGAGACCUCAAAAAAUUUCUCGCACUCGAAGAGCAAAUAUGGUAUUCCCGGUCUUAAAUUGUGAUGAACUGCCGGCACCAUUAGAAGGUUGUUCCCCUUCUGAUGUUGGUACUAGAGUGACUUCCACUACAACUAGCGGACAACAUAUAUCCAAGGGUGAUAUCAACAGCAUUCAACUAGGUCGAAUGAAACAUGAAAAUGAUUCAUCCCCAACCAAAUUAUUUGAAAGUGAAGAAUGCGGUGCUGGAGAAAACGGUGAAAGUAAAUUAAAGGAGAAAGGAUUGGGCAGAAACAAAGGUGAUGAAAGAGCCAUAAAUAAUUCCUGUAAUAUAAGUUCCUACGUGUCAGUGACACAAAAGAAGAAAAUGCUGAACAAAGAGGAGAUUGAGAUUGGAGAUGGUCUGCAUAGUCAGUGUAGUGGUAGCAGCGGCUUUUCAGUUUUGAAGACUGGCAUCUCAUCAAGGAAUGAAAAGUUAGAGAUUUUAACCCUGACAAAUCCAAUUCAAAAUAUGAAGCCUUCUUCUGAAAAGAAUGCUAGUAGAUCAAGGCAACCUCGUUUGAAGAAAUCACGCAAUAGUAAAGCUAUUGCUCAUCUCGGGCAUCCAUCAACUAACAAUUCCCCUGAUAUUGCUGGUAGGUCAGGCGAUGACGGCGAGGAACUAUUAUCUGCUGCCAACUUUGCUAGCAAUGCCAGCUAUAUCGGCUGUUCUAGUUCAUUUUGGAAGAAAAUGGAACCUAAUUUCGCUCCUGUCAACUUGGAAGACAUUGCCUACUUGAAGCAGCUGGUUAAAACAAUAGAGGAUGAUCAGAGAUGUCUAUCUCAAAUGCUUUGCCUUCGAAGUGAUGUCACGGAUGGGGUUGUGCUUACUGACAACCUUUUAUCGCAAAGUUGUCUUGAGGGAGAAAUAGGGAGAAACAUUUUAAGCCAAACUGAUUCAAAAGAGCUAUCCUCAAUGGUUGACAUGGUUGAACAACAUCACGAUGACAGCUUUCUGUGCAGUGAAAUGGAUUCAGAAAGCAAACUAGCACCUUUGUACCAAAGAGUACUGACAGCUCUGAUCAUUGACGAUCAAAUUGAUGAAACUGUUGGAGAUGGAAACAUAUCUUCUAUGUGUGAAAGAGAUGAUCCUCUUUUGACGGCUUGCUUCUCUCGGGAUUUUGAGAACCAAUUUACCAUCUGUAGGACUAAACAUGGAUUCAACACUGAUACCAUUUCCUGUAACGGGAAUGCUACCUUUACUUGUGGCACAAACAUUCAUGUUCAAGAUCUUGACGAUGUUUUGCAAGUGGAUCACCGACCAUGCUCCUCAUCUCUCAAUCACCAUUUUGAGCAAAUGUGCGUGGAGGAUAAACUCUUACUGGAGCUACACAGCGUUGGUCUAUAUCCAGAACCAGUGCCUGAUCUUGCUGAUAGUGGUUGUGAAGCUAUUGAUCAAGAUAUUAUUCAAUUACAGAAGGGACACUUCCAACAGCUCACUGAAAAGAGAGAAUACUUUAUGAAACUUACUCAAGCAGUAGAAGAAGGCAGGGAAAUGGAACAGCGAGCCCUUGAGCAAGUUGCUAUGGACAAGCUUGUUGAGUUGGCUUAUAAAAAGAAGCUGGCCACUCGUGCAACUAGUGCUGCAAGGUAUGGACUUUCUAAGGUCUCAAGGCCAGUUGCUUUGGCUUUCAUGAAGAGGACUCUUGCUAGAUGCCGGACAUUUGAGGAAACUGGGAAAAGUUGCUUUCUGGAUCCUGUGUUUAAAGAUGUCCUAUUUGCAACUCCUGCCCAUGACAACUAUACUAUCUCAGCUGAUGCUGAAAACCGGCCACUCGCUCAAAAUUCUCAGCAAGAAUCUCCACUACCAGGUUCAUUUCCUUGCGGGGAGCAAAAUGUCUUGGGAAAUCCAGACCAUCCCUCUGACAUGGAUUUUGCCGGGACUGGAUCAAUGCUGAACAGGGGGAAGAAAGAAGUGCUACUUGACGAUGUUGGUGUUGGUGCUUCCUUGAGACCUAGAUCAACUCUUGGCAAUUCUUUCAUGAUUGAAGCAAAGGGAAAGGGGGCUGAAAGAGAGAGGGACAAAGACACCUCGGGGAGAAAUUCUGUUAAAAAAGGCGGUCGUCCUUCUGCAAGGAACUCAAGGGGUCGGCGUAAAAUGAAAGCAAAGGCCAAACCAAAUGCAGCUCAACUAUCUACUUCUGCAAAAGGAUCUCUUGGCAUGUUUGUGGAAAAUGCAAACUCUGCGCAUCAAUAUACUUAUGGCUCUGAUGAACUGGUUCCCAAUGGUAACAACAGAAAAAGUCAAGUUGGGUCUGUAUCUCAUGGUUAUACUACUAACGAGUUAGCCGUUGAAACCGAGGAACCCUUGGGCCUUACAAACAUUCAUGAACUAGACUCCAUAGAAGUAGGUGUAGAUAAUGAACUUAAUGGGCAUCAAGACCUGGAUUCUUGGUUAAAAAACAUUGAUGAGGAUGCUUUAGAAGAUGAUGCGGUUGGCCUAGACAUACCGAUGGACGACCUGUCCAUGGUUCUGUGAAGACGAACCAGGAUAUUAUAUAAUCCUAUGCAGGACAUGGUGUUUAUUAACAGUGCUGUUUCGGUUGAACGAUGCACAUACAACUUAUGCCUCUCAAGUUGGCACUCUUAGUUAUUCUCAUGACUUUCGUAUAGUUAUUAUUAGUCAGUAUCUACAAAUACCAAAUAUAGAAGCCCAAGAAAGGGUUAAAGAAAUAGAAAAGAAAGAUAAGGUAGUCCUCAAUUGUUCAUAUGAUCUAGAGCACCAUAGGUUGUAACUAUUACAUUCGUUACAAGAUUUUGACAAUCCGGUUGUUAUUUUCUUUCAUGAACUUAUAAAUCAUCUUCUUCCAAAUUACAGCAAAUUUGUUGAAUAA